AUGAUGGAAAGAAUAAGAAAAGAGAUGAUCCUGAUGGAGAGAGGGCUGCACAGCCCUACAGCUGGCAAAAGGCUCUCGAAUUUGUCAGACUCAGCUGGAAAUGCGGUGUUGGAGGCCCUUGAAAAUUCUCCGCACAGUGGUCGCCUCAGCCCGAGACUGACUGCCGCCUCCCUGCACAGCGCUAUAGGGGACAUCUCCGCCAAAGGCAAAUUUGAAAUAGACACUUUAUUCAAUCUCCAGCAUCCGAGCAGCGAAAGCACUGUCUCCUCCGAAAUCCCGCCGUCGGAAAGCAGGAAGAAAAUAAGCCUUUAUUCCGAAGUUGCUCAAGAGGCAGAUAUGAACAGUGAUGUGGAGGUGGGAUGCUCCGCGCUCCGCUCCCCGGCCAGCCUGACUUCCUCCCAGCUGAAGGAAAACAGUAACAAAGGCUACGCCGAGAGCAGCCCGACGCCGAGCGCCGCCGCCGCCCCCGCCGCCGCCGGGAUCGGUAGCCUGCACAGCGGCGGCGCGCUGGGCGGCUCGGCGGCGGGGGCCGACCAGGUGCGCCGCUACCGCACCGCCUUCACCCGGGAGCAGAUCGCCCGCCUGGAGAAGGAGUUUUACCGCGAGAACUACGUGUCACGGCCGCGGCGCUGCGAGCUGGCCGCCGCCCUCAACCUCCCCGAAACCACCAUCAAGGUGUGGUUCCAGAACCGGCGCAUGAAGGACAAGCGGCAGCGCCUGGCCAUGUCCUGGCCCCACCCGGCCGACCCCAGCUUCUACACCUACAUGAUGACCCACGCGGCGGCCACGGGCAGCCUGCCCUACCCUUUCCACUCCCACGUCCCGCUCCACUACUACCCGCACGUCGGGGUCACGGCCGCCGCCGCCGCCGCUGCCGCCUCGGGCGCCGCCGCCGCGCCCUUCGCCACCUCCAUCCGCCCGCUGGACACUUUCCGCGCCCUCUCGCACCCCUACUCCCGCCCGGAGCUGCUCUGCAGCUUCCGACACCCCGGCCUCUACCAGAGCCCUGCCGCCGCCGGCCUCAACAGCAGCGCGGCCGCCUCGGCAGCGGCGGCGGCGGCGGCGGCGGCAGCGGCGGCGGCGGGCUCGGGGCCGCCGGGGGGCUCGGCGCCCUGCUCCUGCCUCAGCUGCCACAGCAGCCAGACGGCGGCGGCGGCUGCGGCGGCGGCCUCGGCGCUGGGCUCGCGGGGCGGCGCGGCUGCCGAGUUCCCGUGCACGGCGGCGGGGCAGCGCUCCGAGAGCGGCUUCCUGCCCUACUCGGCCGCCGUGCUCAGCAAGGCCGCCGUGGCCUCGCCGGACCAGCGGGAGGAGGCGCCGCUCACCAGAUAA